AUGUAUGUUAAAUCAAAAUGGGAAAAAGAAGUUAACAUAAAAUUAAGUGAAGAUGACUGGUUAAACAUAUGUAAGACGCUGACGGCAGAACCAGGGCCGACAGUCCCCAGCCCAGAGUGCAGGCAGAGCCAGCGGCCCCCGAGCCCCAUGAACCCGAGGCCAGUCCCGUCCCUGGACGGGAGCCCAGCCCCCCCAGGCAGCCACACCCAAGAGAGGGCCAAAACCCACCCCAACAACACCGGCCAUGUGCCCCCGGGACUACCGAAUGCCCCCACUGUGAGAGAGCCGGCAGGGGUAAGCAACGGGAGCCCCACCCCUGCCAAAGAGGGCCCCUGCAAGGAGAGGAGACAAUGGGCGCCCAGGGACACGCCACCUGUCCCAGACAUGAGCAAAAGUCACGAGCCGGCGCCAACCACCAACCCACUCCCCCACCCCCCACAGUCGGGGAGACCACAGAACCCCACCUAUGGACACACCGUGACCCACACCGCACGUCCACCACCAGACAGAAACACGCAAACAACCCUCCCACCAACCUCCACUGCAAUGCCCUGGCGCCAGCCCCCUCCCACACACCCGGCCCCAGACACAGGAACCACAGGAAGCCAGUCGAGUGCCACCCCACCCGCACAGCACGCGAGCCAAAAUCACCACCCCUACACCAACGACUGCGACACCCAAGCAGAGUGGCCACCCACUCCCCAGUGGUGGUGCGCCGUACACAGGGCAAACACUGGUCCCCCCGUCACGCACACACCCCAGACAGCCCAUGCGCCGCAACUCCUGCAAACACUUUGCCAUCAAUCAACAUUCAAACAAUCGAUCCCCUGA